AUGCAAAAAAAUGUAAAUAAUGCCACUCUGUAUGGAGAAUUCUACAUAAUGCCCUUUUCUGGGUAUGAAAAUGUAAAGUUUUUAGUUUUGAUUGGCAUUUCCAUUACAUAUCUCUCUUCCAUGAUGGGAAAUGUGACUAUUACUCUACUGGUGUGCUUGGUGCAGCAGCUACAUACUCCUAUGUACUUCUUCUUGUGUAACCUGUCAGUCCAGGAUAUGGUGUAUGUCUCUAACAUUCAGCCAAAACUCUUGGCCAUUUUAAUCACAGAUGACACCAGAAUAUCUUUCUCAGGAUGUAUCACACAGAUAUUUUUAUUUACAUUCUGUAUUGAUACUGAAUUUUUCCUACUUACCUCUAUGGCAUAUGACCGCUUUGUGGCCAUCUGUAAGCCUUUGCAUUACAACAUAAUAAUGAACAAGAGGACAUGUAGUCUCUUGACUUGUACAUGUUGGAUUGCUGCAGCUUCAAAUGGAUUUUUGUUCUCUUUAAUAACCUCUAACUUACCAUUCUGCAAAUCUCAUGACAUAUAUCAUUUCUUCUGUGAAGUGGAGACGAUGUUAGCUCUGACAUGCACUGAUACCACUUAUAUUUUUAGAAUAAUUUUUGUUGAAGGUUUUGUUAUUGGGAUCUCUCCAUUGUUACUUAUAGUCACAUCCUAUGUAUUCAUUAUAUCCAGCAUCAUGAAGAUUCAGACUUCAUCAGGAAGACUGAAGAUGUUCUCCAGCUGCUCCUCACACCUCACUACUGUUUUGCUGCUUUAUGGGACAAGUAUGGGUUCCUAUAUGAAAAUAGAGUCGGAACUGUCUAGUAAGCAAAAUGAAUGGGUUUCUAUGUUCUACCUUGUCCUGGUUCCAAUGUUAAACCCAUUAGUGUACAGCUUGAGAAAUAAAGAUGUUAUGAAAGCUAUAAAAUCAUUAACAGAUAGAUGUUGGUCUCUAAAUGAAAGAAAAGCAUGA